AUGCACACUUGCUCCAAUGACAUCAUAGCUAAAUUUUACGAGAAUGAUGCACAAGCUGCCAUCGAACUCUAUAAUUUUCAAGAAUGUGGACAAAAUAGUGAAGCAUGCCAAGCAGGAUUCUUCUCAGAUCAAAUACGUAAGGUUCAUUUGGCCUGUUGUGCUGGGUUUUUUUGUCCGGAAGGACAACUCUGCAUGAUACCGUGUCGACCUGGUUCAUAUUGUCCUACAGCAUUGAAAUCUAUCAAUGGAACUUGUCAAAGUUCAGUGUCAUGUCCAUAUUACCCACCAAAAACUUAUGGAAUCUACGGAUGCGGUGGCUCGACAUUCGAAGGAUUUUGUCCAGCUGGAUCAUUUUGUAAAAUGUCCUAUGAGAGUGAGCCAUGUCCAGAUGGUACAAGUUACUGUCCAACUGGUGUGCAACAACCAUUGCCGUGUCCAUCACAGUUUGUCUGUUUAAGUGGAAGAGCACGACGACAGCGUCUUUUGACUAGUGUUACUGUUUCUUUUGUCGUCAUUAUUGUUGUUUAUGUUGCAGUUGUGGAAAUUUUUCAAUGGCUCGUUUUGAAGAAAAAGCUUUUAGGACAACAUACUUUAGAGGAUGCAUCAAACGUGAGCAAUUAUUUCAAGAAACCGACGAAAUCAAAAUCGAAAUCGAAUCCGACUUUCCAAUUAAAUAUUCAUCUUUACAGAGCUAAACUACGAAAUGUGACACGUUUUGAUCUAGAACGAAAUGAAGGUUUUACAGGUCGCAUUACUGCUGGUCGAUUAACAGCAUUAAUGGGUGGCUCUGGCUGUGGUAAAAGUAGUUUACUGGAAACAAUUCACGGUCGUCGAAGAUUGCAUGCAAAUGGCUACAUUAAGUUUGCUGAACACGAACCAUUAAAUAAUAUUCUUACGGAUUAUAUUGGUUAUGUACCACAAGCCGAUAUUAUGCAUGAUGAUCUAACCGUCUUUGAAACUGUCUAUUAUUCUGCACGAGCGAGACGUCUAAAUGAUUCGCAGGAUAUCAUCAAAAAUGACGUUUGUUUUGUUUUGGAAAAAUUGGGAUUGGAAUUCUUGCAUAACAGACAGAGAAAACGCGUCAAUGUUGCUAUGGAAAUUGUUGCAUGUCCAAAGGUAAUACUUCUAGAUGAGCCAACAUCAGGCUUGGAUACAGUUUCUUGUGAUCAUCUAUUUGAUUUAUUACAAUUAAUAAAAUAUAGUGCCGCUGGACCAGUAACAAUAAUAAUGGUUAUUCAUCAACCGAGUCAAGAACUUUUUCAUCAAAUAGAUGAUAUCUUUUUUUUAACUCCUCAUUGUUGUUUGGCUUAUCAAGGUCCACGAAAUAAAGCAAAAGAAUUUUUAUCAGAAAAAAUUUUCAAUCAUUCAACUAAAGAUCAUCCUCCUGUUCGACACAAUGAUUGUGAUACAUGCUUCCUUAUGUUAACCAAAGCUCCAGAAUAUAUUGAAAAUCAUUCAAUAGACAAUCAAAUAAUUAGUCAACCACUCAAAACAUAUUCAUGGACGAAAAGAUGGUGUUUGCCAUUUCUCUAUGUCGUGUCUCGUUCUAUGAAGCAAAUAUAUGUACGUGGUGCCAUUGCUGAAGCAACCUAUAUGCUUGCCUAUUUUUUGUUGGGUGCCUGUGUCGGUUAUCUAUUUGAAAACAAACAACAAGGUACAUGUGAUAUACAAGUGUUGCCAACAAUCUACUUUCUCAUGAGUCUUUCCUUUGGUAUUUUAACAUGUAUAUCAAGUCAACGUCUAUUUGGCGUCGAAAUAACAAAUAAGACAUAUGAACGAGAAAGUCGAAAUUAUUUUCAUCCAUUUCAAUAUUGGUUAGCAAAAAGCUUAGUUGAUAUAUUUCGAAUGAUUUUCUAUCCAUUAUUAUUUCUCAGUAUGCUUUAUAUUGAAGUUGUACCACGUGGUCCAUUUUCUUAUUAUCUUAGUAUGAUGAUACUUCUUUCAUUUGUUUGCUCGGCUAUCGGUCAACUAACAUCAGUAAUAUUCAAUCGAACUGAAUAUGCAUAUUUAGCUGGUACUAUUGUUGCUCUUCUAUCUUGUUUAUUGUCAGGUUUCAGUCCAACUAAAACUGAUCUUGGUCGAGGAAAAUUUAUUGUUACUCUUUCUUUUUCUCGACAUGUGCAACGUGUGUUAUUUCGUCAUGAAACAGCACAUUAUGUUGAAGUAUAUAACAGUACUUCAACUCAUAUAUGGCUAACUCAAGUCAAGUUUCUUGAACACAAUUUCUCAUUCAACGACAGUGAAAAUCCAUUUUUUUGGCUAAUUUUAAUUGGAUUCGUUUUGCGUGCCAUUACUUUUUUAUUUCUAUACGCUAAAUCUGAAUAUCGUUCUACAAUUCGAUUUCAUGUCACUCAUUUGGGUCCUACUAUUCAAAGUUUAUUUCGUUGUGAACCUUGUCGUGAGAAAGCUUCUUCUCCAGAGGAGGGCUAUCAAUUAUAA